AAAAGGGAUGGGUUUUGAAUAUUACAGAGCUCUAAACCAUUUAGAAGCAGUGUAAAUAAAGUUUUGUGCGGCUUUUAGCAGGAAUCGGGGUUAGCACGAUCUCGGCGGUUCCCCGAUGCUAAGAGGACCCUUACUCUCCGGGUCGUGAGCUAUAGAAAAGCCGACUCUAUGGUCAAGUAAGCAUAGAGCGGUUUCUCUCUUCCCCACGUGGUAGGACUGCGCAUGAGCAGUAGCCGCUGCCUUGGGAAGAUGGCGGAAGACGAGCAAAGAAAAAAGAUCCCUUUGGUUCCAGAAAAUCUCCUGAAAAAGAGGAAGGCUUAUCAGGCCCUCAAAGCCACCGAGGCAAAGCGGGCACUUUUGGAAAAGAAGGAGCGGAGGAAAGGAAAAGAUUUCAAGUUUAAGCGACUGGAAUGGUUCCUACACGAUGCCUGGCGGCAACAACGUGACACAGUGCGCCUCAGACGGCUAGAAGUGAAACCUCAUGGUUUGGAAGUGCCAGAUGAACAUUCCCUGGCCUUUGUUGUACGCAUCCAAAGGAUUAAUGGGGUGAGUUUAAUGGUACAAAGGACCAUUGCAAGGCUUCGCCUGAAGAAGAUUUUCAGUGGUGUCUUUGUCAAAGUGACCCCCGAGACCAUAAAAAUGCUACGUGUAGUGGAACCUUACGUGACCUGGGGAUUUCCAAAUCUGAAAUCUGUCCGGGAACUCAUCUUGAAACGUGGACAAGCCAAGGUCAAGAAUAAAAUCAUCCCUUUGACAGACAACACAGUGAUCGAAGAGCACCUGGGGAAGUUUGGUGUCAUUUGCUUGGAAGACCUCAUUCAUGAAAUCGCUUUUCCGGGGAAGAAUUUCCAGGGGAUCUCAGAAUUCUUGUGCCCUUUCCAUCUCUCGGUGGCCCGCCACGCUCCCAAGAAUAGAGUAGGCUUCCUCAAGGAGGUGGGUUCACCUGGCUAUCGAGGUGACCGCAUCAAUCAGCUCAUCCGGCAGCUGAACUAAACCCAGAAUAUCUGAAAGGACAAUCCAUUGGAAGCGUGUGUUUUUGUUUUUUGGAAUUAUCCAGUAUCUUGAAAGAUUUUUUUUUUCCUGCUAUAUCUUCAGAAACUGGAGGGGAAGGGUCGGGGACAAGAUGAUGAUGUUCCUAGCAGAUACUUCUCACCACAGCCCACUUCCAAAGGAAAAGUCCAGUGUGUUUUCCACAUUGGCCACUGCUGCCACCACUGAAAUCAGCAGAGGACUCAUGCCAUGGAGGAGGGAUCCUGCUUCAUCACAUCUUCUAUCCAGGGGUUCAGUAUUGAUGAAUGGGUGCCAAGCAUGAAUGCAAGACAUCAGUGGGCCAAGUCCAGAGUCAUACUUGAACCUGGGAGUUCCUAAGGCCUUGUUUUAGAAAGAACUUGAAAUACAUUUUCAAGAGCACAACAGUGCUCAGUUGUC